UCUUACAAGAAUAAGCUAUAUGAAGUCUUUAAGUUUUUAAAUAAACUAAACAAAAAUGGAAGUCACAAGAUCUCAACUCUGUUUCUUUCUCUUGUUUAUUGCCUUAUUCCUUGUUGGGUCUUCUUUGGCUCAAAUUUCCAUUAAUAAUGGAGAUGAACAACAAAUUUACAGAUCUCAAUUUCCUCAAGGCUUUUUCUUUGGAACCAGCACGUCUUCAUAUCAGGCACUUCUUCUUCUUCAUCUUCUUGAAAUAUUUAUUAUUUCUUCUCUGUUUCUGAGAUUCUGUAUUUCUACACAAUGCAUACAGAUUGAAGGUGCAUAUCUUGAAGAUGGUAAGGGUCUUAGCAACUGGGAUGUUUUCACUCACAUUCCAGGAAACAUUCAAAAUAACGAAAAUGGAGACUUUGCAGAUGAUCAUUACCAUCGCUACUUGGACGACAUUGAAAUGAUGCAUUCUCUUGGAGUAAAUGCAUAUCGGUUUUCAAUUUCAUGGGCAAGAAUUCUGCCUAGAGGGAGGUUUGGCAAUGUUAAUCUCAAAGGAAUCGAGUUUUAUAACAAAAUCAUUGAUAGCCUGUUGAUCAGAGGAAUUGAGCCAUUUGUGACAAUUUUCCAUUGGGAUAUGCCGCAAAUACUAGAGGACACAUAUGGGGGUUGGCUGAACCAUUUAAUACAGGAAGAUUUUGUUCAUUUUGCCACUAUAUGUUUCAAAGAAUUUGGAGAUAGAGUGAAGCACUGGAUGACCCUCAACGAGGCAAACCUUUUAGCAGAAUUUUCCUACUUAACUGGACAGUUCCCACCGUCACACUGUUCGCCGCCUUUUGGAAAUUGUUCAGUUGGAAAUUCCAAUGUAGAGCCUCUCAUCGCCAUGCACAAUAUGUUGAUGUCACAUGCCAAGGCUGCUGAUAUAUAUCACAACGACUUUCAGGAGAAACAAGGUGGGUUGAUUGGAAUUGUUGUAAAUGCAUUUAUGUACGAACCAUUUAGAGAUGAUGAAGAAGUGGAUCGAGAAGCUGUUAACAGAGCCUUGGCCUUCAAUGUGGCAUGGAUGUUAGAUCCUCUAGUAUAUGGAGAAUACCCAGCUGAAAUGCGACAAUACCUUGGGUUGGACUUGCCAAGGUUUUCUGAUAAAGAAAAAGAGCUUAUAAGAGGCAGUUUGGACUUCAUUGGAUUAAACCACUAUUCAACUUUGUAUGCCAAAGACUGCAUUUACUCUGCUUGCCCUGCAGGUAGUGACCACCCAAUUAAAGGCUUCCUCACUACCAUCACAGAACGAGAUGGUAUUCCAAUUGGUGAACCGACCGGACUGAAAAAGGUCUCUGUAGUUCCAAGAGGCAUGAAGAAGAUCGUUGACUAUCUCAAGGAGCGAUAUAAUAACAUGCCCACCUUUGUUACUGAAAAUGGAUAUUCUCCUAAAAUAAAGCAGAAUGAACAAGGACAAUAUAUGCUACAAGAUGUGGAUCGCAUCAAAUUCCAUAAAGCUUACCUUGCUGCUUUAGCCAGUGCUAUGAGGGAAGGGGCAGAUGUGCGUGGAUAUUUCAUAUGGUCGUUAUUGGAUAAUUUUGAAUGGAGACAUGGGUAUAGCAUCAGAUUUGGGCUCUACCAUGUUGAUCGAAUUUCCAAUUCCCUUCAAAGAGAUCCAAAGCUGUCUGCAACAUGGUUUACUUCUUUCCUCACCAACACUACCUUUUUCAACCAUACAACUCUGAUUUCAGCACCAUCCCAUAACCAAAAUGUAUCACAUACUGGCUUACUAUAAGCUGUAAAAUGAGCAAAUAUGUAAUUUUAAUUAUAAGGUCAAUUAUAUUUUGAUACAUUCAAUUUUAAA